CACUUUGCCCUUCUUCUCUCUCGAUUCUGCCCACGCUUGUUGUCGGUGCCCAUGUGUCAUUGUGUUAUUUUGUUCUUGGCCUUCAUUUCUCUGAAUAGAUAUCUUGAUGUGUACAAGUUAUAAAUAGCCACGGCAUGGGUGGAGGGGGUUAUUAUACAGCAACCACAGAUGUGUGUAUGUGUGUAUAUGGACGCGCUCUUACUCACGUGUCCUUCUCCAUUUGUGUCGUCCGGGAUGUAAAUCAUCAAAUAUUCCAAAUGACAGAUAGAGAAAGUUGGGUCUCACUGUAAACAGUAAUAGCGACACCCACACGAGAUUCAGGAUGUCGUGGGAGAGCGGGGGCUGAAAGGCAAAUACAACAGGGAAGCUGGAAAUUACAAAGAAAAAGGGCUGCGGGUUACAAAUCUUCAGGACAGCACUGAAAUCCCGACCGGCUGGUGACACUGUCACUGAUUAAGUAACGUGGAAACCAGCCGCAAGUACUGCACGCUCGAUUCGUUCGUUUGCAUCUGACAGGGAUAAAACGUUGAAAUUUUCAAUGUGGUGUUUAUCUGGCUCUACGCUCUAUAUCUAAUCAGCCUGUCGAGGGAAUCGGAAAAGGCGGCGGCGGGGGCAAUGGCGGGCCUAGCGCCGGGGGUUCAGCAGCAGGCGCACGGAGCUGGCCCGGGAGCGGCGGCAGUGGCCGCCGCCGGAGAUGAGUCGUCCGACAGCGAUGGAGAGCACGAGGGGCCGCAGAAACUCAUCCGCAAAGUGUCCACCUCCGGGCAGAUCAGGAGCAAGACAAGUAUAAAAGAGGGAUUUUUACUGAAGCAAACCAGUUCAUUUCAGCGAUGGAAAAGAAGAUACUUCAAGUUACGUGGACGGACACUUUACUAUGCCAAGGAUUCAAAGUCCCUUAUAUUUGAUGAAGUAGACUUGUCUGAUGCAAGUGUUGCUGAAUCAAGCACGAAAAACGUCAACAACAGCUUCACGGUAAUUACACCAUUCAGGAGACUAAUUCUUUGUGCCGAGAAUCGAAAAGAGAUGGAAGACUGGAUCUCUUCAUUAAAAUCUGUACAAAGUAGAGAACACUACGAGACGGCACAGUUUAAUGUGGAGCAUUUCUCAGGAAUGCAUAACUGGUAUGCCUGCUCCCAUGCUCGCCCUACAUUCUGUAAUGUUUGCCGGGAAAGCCUAUCUGGUGUCACCUCUCAUGGACUCUCCUGCGAAGUGUGUAAGUUCAAGGCCCACAAGAGAUGUGCUGUGAGGGCAAUCAACAAUUGCAAGUGGACAACCCUGGCAUCUAUAGGGAAAGAUAUAAUCGAGGAUGAGGAUGGGAUUGCCAUGCCUCACCAGUGGCUUGAAGGUAACCUACCUGUUAGUGCCAAGUGUGCUGUCUGUGACAAGACGUGUGGCAGUGUACUCCGCCUACAGGACUGGAGAUGUCUCUGGUGUAAAGCCAUGGUGCACACUGCCUGCAAAGAAUUGUAUCCUCGAAAAUGUCCCCUUGGCCAGUGCAAAGUGUCCAUCAUUCCUCCCACUGCGCUGAAUAGCAUUGAUUCUGAUGGGUUUUGGAAGGCCAGUUGCCCACCGUCUUGUGCAAGCCCACUUUUAGUCUUUGUUAACUCGAAGAGUGGAGACAAUCAAGGAGUCAAGUUCCUUCGAAGAUUCAAGCAGUUGUUAAAUCCAGCUCAGGUGUUUGAUCUUAUGAAUGGGGGACCUCAUCUUGGUUUACGAUUGUUUCAAAAAUUUGACACUUUCCGUAUCCUAGUUUGUGGAGGAGAUGGAAGUGUUGGAUGGGUGUUAUCUGAGAUUGAUAAAUUAAAUCUGCACAAACAGUGUCAGCUUGGAGUUCUACCACUGGGAACAGGAAAUGACCUGGCACGGGUCCUUGGCUGGGGAGGAUCAUGUGAUGAUGACACACAGCUCCCGCAGAUCCUUGAAAAAUUGGAGCGGGCCAGCACCAAAAUGUUAGACAGAUGGAGCAUUAUGACAUAUGAAAUAAAAAUACCACCAAAACAUUCCUUGGCAAUGACCCCAGAGGAGGAUGCUGAGGAAUCCCAAUUUCAGAUAUCAGCGUAUGAGGAUUCAGUUGCUGCUCACCUAACCAAGAUUCUCAACUCUGACCAACACUCAGUUGUUAUAUCUUCUGCCAAAAUUCUGUGUGAAACUGUGAAAGACUUUGUUGCCAAAGUUGGUAAAUCGCACGAAAAGGCCAAUGAAAAUGCAGAACAGAGUGAAACACUGGCGAAUAAAUGUUUGGUGCUGAACGAGAAGCUGGACUCGCUGCUGCAGACCCUCAGUGAUGAAUCACAAGCCACUACAAGCCACCACUGCUCAACUCCACCCAUCGUCGAGGAGGAAGGUGAAGAAGAGGAGUUCAGUGAAGAAUCCCUAUCUGAGCAGCCAGUGGAAAGCAUCCCAGCACGGUCUCCCACCCCGAAAUUCUUCAAAUCCAGGGAGCAACUUAUGCUUCGGGCAAACAGCCUGAAAAAAGCAGUAAGGCAAAUCAUCGAACAAGCGGAGAAAGUUGUGGAUGAACAGAAUGCGCACACCCAAGAACAGGCUGAAGUGGAACUGAAAAAGGAUAUGGAGGAGGUCUUGAAAGAGGAGGAAAAGGAGGAAGAUGAGACGAAGGAAACAGACAUUCAACCAACUUUCCGGUCUGGUCAGAGAUCCCCUCCAGAGCGACGAAUCCAUCGCACCACCACUUCCUACACUGGUCCAUUUACAACCUCACCAUUAACUGCUAGCAAAGAAAAUCUCCCAGUGCUGAAUACCAGAAUCAUCUGCCCAGGUUUACGAGCUGGACUUGCUGCCUCCAUCGCUGGAAGCUCAAUCAUCAGCAAAAUGUUGCUAGCGAACAUUGAUCCUUUUGGAGCCACCCCAUUCAUUGACCCUGAUCCAGACUCUCUAGAAGGCUACACUGAAAAGUGUGUUAUGAACAAUUAUUUUGGAAUUGGAUUAGAUGCCAAAAUCUCCUUGGAAUUUAACAACAAGCGUGAGGAGCACCCUGAGAAAUGCAGAAGCCGGACGAAGAAUAUGAUGUGGUAUGGUGUCCUUGGCACCAAGGAAUUACUCCAGCGAACCUAUAAGAACUUAGAACAAAAGGUGCAACUUGAGUGUGAUGGACAAUACAUUCCUCUACCCAGUCUCCAAGGGAUUGCUGUACUAAACAUCCCUAGCUAUGCUGGAGGAACGAACUUCUGGGGUGGAACAAAAGAGGAUGAUAUUUUUGGUGCUCCCUCAUUUGAUGACAAGAUCUUGGAAGUUGUUGCUGUAUUUGGAAGUAUGCAGAUGGCAGUAUCAAGAGUCAUCAAACUUCAACAUCACAGAAUAGCUCAGUGUCGGUCUGUGAAGAUCACCAUUCUGGGAGAUGAAGGUGUGCCAGUACAGGUAGAUGGAGAGGCGUGGAUCCAACCACCUGGAGUUAUCAAAAUCGUGCACAAAAAUAGAGCACAGAUGUUGACAAGAGACCGAGCAUUUGAGAGCACCUUGAAAUCUUGGGAAGACAAAAUGCGGUAUGACUCCUGCAGGCUGGCGCUUCGCCCCCACCUGUACCCUCAGCAGUCGGUGGACCUGGCCACGGAGGAGGAGGUCACCCAGCUGCAGCUCUGUGCGCAGGCAGCUGAGGAGCUCAUAACAAGAAUCUGCGAGGCAGCCAAGACCCACAGCCUCCUGGAGCAAGAACUGGCUCAUGCAGUCAAUGCAAGCUCUCAUGCAUUAAACAAAACAAAUCCAAAGUUCCCAGAGAAUCUUACCAGGAACACGGCUAUUGAGAUUGCCAGUAAUGUGAAAGCCCUGCAUAAUGAAACAGAAUCAUUGCUUGUUGGAAGAGUUCCACUGCAACUAGACUCGCCUCAGGAAGAACAGUUGUCAACAGCACUGCACCUUGUGGACAUUGAACUGCAAAAGCUUGCAGAGGUUCCAUGGCUUUACCAUGUGCUGCAGCCAACAGCUGAAGAGGACCACUCACUGGAAUUUGCCAAAAGAAACAGUCGAAGUGCUAUGUUCCGAAUUGUGCCAAAGUUUAAGAAAGAGAAAACCCAAAGGCAUAGGGCAGCCCCACAGCCAGUUCAGAAAUGGGGCACAGAUGAAGUUGCUUCUUGGCUGGAGCUGCUCAGCUUGGGAGAAUACAAAGAACGCUUCAUCCGUCAUGACAUCCGAGGUUCUGAGCUAUUGCACCUGGAAAGGCGUGAUCUGAAGGAUCUGGGGAUAACGAAAGUGGGCCACAUGAAGCGAAUUCUCCAGGGAAUUAAGGAUCUUGGCAAAAACACUUCCAUGCCAGAAGUGUAGCUAUUCUGGUGCUAUCUCAGAAAAUAGUGGAGUGCUGUCUGGACUUCCCUAAGAGGUCUCACAAUCAUAUUAUGUUUUGCAAGAUUUCCGCUCCGCAGGAUUUGUGAUCUCGCAGCCAUCACUGCGUGCAAUGUUCAGGUGUUUGCUUCAAUUAAUGUGUUCUUUUCUAAACUUAAACUGUUGUGAGUUUUGCUGAGGGUUGUGUGCUAAUGCAAUGAAUCCUCAACAUCGACAAGUCCUAAUAUGCAUUGGUAAACUUGAGUUUACAAUGAACUGCAUAACCCUCCUGGAAACAAGGAUGCUGCAAAAUGGUAAAUACAGGUGCAAAAUAUUUCAGGACUUCCUUCUGCGAGGGCCGUAGAUCCAAAAACGGCUUGUUUUUUCACAUUACAUAUCAAUUUAACGCAGACAAUUGUCUAUAUUGCUUUAGAAGGCAGAAUUGAUUUGUAUCCUAUAUGUUUUUUUUGGAGUGGACUCAUAAUCAGUGUUUCUUGACCCGUGAAUAUGGUGUAUGGAACAUAUCACUUGAUGGCCAAGGUGUCUAAUUUAGACGACUGAAGUAGGAAAGACAUGCAGUUCAGCAUGCAUGUAGAUUCUCCCGCAUGGUGUGCCUGCUUGAACUCUCACUAUAGGAUUGCAUGAUAUAUGCCUAAUGCUUUUUAAAAGAGAAACACUUGAACAAGUUUUAUAUUUGUUUAAUAGUUCGUAACUUAUUACUACUGAUGUGUUUGUUAAUGAAAAGUUAUUUCUGCUGCUCUGUGUUAAACUUUGCAUGAGCACAUUUCUUUGACAAGGACUGGUUCACAGGAGUUAUGCCACCUUAUCCAGAAAGUGGCAAUCAAUGCGCCUUCUUGUUUGAGGGGAAUUUAGUGGCUGUAUGAUUAAUGAUGAACAGGAAUAGUAGUGAUAGGGCAAGACCUAUCUGGAGUGUCUCCGUGAUGGUAUGAGUGAGAGUACAAGUUCACUGGCAAUGCAUGAUUUUGGAAUAUCAUGGGCAUGAAAAGGAAUUAUUGCAUUUCUGGCCAUGACAGCCAUACAGGCUCCCAAGAGCACUUGAGUUGUCCCUCAUUGCCAACAAGUAACAUCUUCUUAAACAUGAAUUCUCUGUGAACCUCUGCUAAAUGAUUAUUUGGAGACCUGAUUCAACCUAUGUAAAUUUGUGCAAUCGGAAUUCCACAGCAUGGAAGGUGACUAUUCAUAUCUGUCUACCUCUCUGACAGAACUAUCCAAUUGGUUCGACUUGCCCAAUUUUUUUUCUUUUUGACAUCAAUAUUCAACUGCCAUUUUUAAAGUUCCUAUUGUAUCCACAUUUUCUGCCCUAUCAGUCAGAAUAUUGUUAAAUCAGAUUUGUCUUAGUUUAAAAAGAGAAAAUUCUUUCAUCUUCCCCCUCUUUGUCAAGUAUCUUAAAUUGGAAAUCUUAAGGAUAUUUUAGGUGUGUUUAAUCUUCCUACCAGAUUUUCAUUAUCAUUGGUCUUGUUAUCCCUGUAAUUUUCAAAUUUCUUUAAUAUGUUCUCAAAUUCUGACUAUUGCCUAAGCUCUGAUCUCGAAUGAGCCCACACUUCUUCCUGGUUAGUAUUAGGAGGCUGAACCCAUUGAUUCCAUCAAACAGCUUGGCUGCCGUCACCAGAAGAAUAAAAUUCUCUGUAACACUUGUAAUUCUCUGUAAUUCUCUUAUUAGGGUAGAGAGCUUUUGAUCUUCCAUCACAAAGACCACCAGUUUACGUCCCUAAAUUAGAAGACUAUAAGACAUAGCAGCAGAAUUAGGCCAUUUUGGCCCAUUGAUUCCUCUGCCAUUCCAUCAUGGCUGAUUUAUUAUCCUUCUCAAUCACAUUCUCCUGCCUUCUCCCCAUAACCUUUGACACCUUAUUAAUUAAGAACCUCCACUUUAAAUACACAUAAUGACUUGGCCUCUCACAGCCAUCUGUGGCAAUGAAUUCCAUAGAUUCACCACCCUUUGGCUAAAGAAAUUCUUCCUCUAAAGGGAUGUUCUUCUAUUCUGGGGCUGUGCCCUCUGGUCCUAGACUCACCCACUAUAAGAAACACCCUCUCUGCAUCCGUUCUUUCUAGGUUUUUCAAUGUUUGAUAGGUUUCAAUGAGAUACCCCGACCCUCCUCAACCCCAUUCUGAGUACAGGGUCAGAACCUUCAAACGUUUCUCAUACAUUAACCCUUUCAUUCCCAGGAUCAUUCUUGUGAACCUCCUCUGGACUCUCCAAUGCUGACACAUCCUCUCUUAGAUAAGGGACCCAGAAAUACUCAAAAUAUUCCAAGUGCAGUUUGACCAAUGCCUUAUAAAGCCUUAUAUGUCAAAUGCCAACUCCUCUCCAGUUCAGGUUCAUCAUUCACUAAAAACCUCUUGAUACAAGCCUUCCAAGUGGUCUCCAGAAUAGUAGCCUGUAUCCUAUUCUACACUACAUUUUACCUUCCUGUUGCUCAUCAAACAUUUAAAGUUCCCAUCCUUUAAUACCUUCACUUCUCCCUAUUUCUGUAACAUCCUUUGUCAAUAAAAUGCACUACGAAUUCCACUGAUUCAUACUUCCAGUGUGUCCUUCCACACCUCCCUUUGCUCCAUCAUGAGCAAUGUACCUGCAACAGUUCUGACAAAGGUCAUCAUCAACCUGAAACAAUAACUCUGUUUCUUUCCCCACAGAUACCACCCGACCUUCUGAGUAUUUAUAGUGUUUUCUGUUUUUGGUUUAGAUUUUCAGCACUUGCAGUUUUACUUUCAGCAGUCAAGGAUUGGUCCCUCAAAUUGCCUUACCGAAUCCCUCUAUUUCUCUUUUUAUAAUAUUUGUACUACAACUCUAUUCCAAGACUAUGCCUCCGAAAAAUAUACAUUUGUUCUAAGCAUCAGGUUUAAUCUUAUGUUGUCCCUAUAGGACGUACAUGUGUUUUGCACAUUAAUGACAGUAGUUUAGUCCAUUAUUCACAUUUCUACUAAUGUGCAAUGAGGUCAUCUUGCAAUAAUGGCUUGGGAAGUUCUUUACCAGGAAGGGCAGAACUGAAAAUGUGCCCUGUUGGUUUAGAGACACUACAUGGAUCCAAGAAAGCAAGACUUUGAUUUUCUAAUGUGAACCAAAUUGUAGAGUGGAAUAUGGGUUUUUCAACAAGAAUAGCAAAUCCUCAUUAUUAUAUUAAUUAAUCUUCUUACAAAGCUUGAUUGUAUAGAACUUUAACAUAUAAAAUGUAUUGACCUACAUCACCAUAUUUAAUGAGAUGUACUGCCCUCUUUGAUAGAUGUUAUAGAAAAUUUAUAUAGAAAGGACAAUGGGAAGCUGAAGCCAGAUGAAUGUUGGUCUUAAUAUUGAAUAAUUUAUACUCACCCAUGUUCAAAAUCUCUUCCCCGUGACUGAAUUCUAAACACUUUAUGCUCAUUCUGUAAAUUAGUUCCUUUUUGCAGGUGUCCCUUACACUAGUAGACAAAAGAUUUUAUUCUAGUCUCAAAAUAUAUCAUGCAAAGCAUACAGCUGAAUCAAUUUCAGUUGUUCAGCCCUUUUCCAGACUCAGAUCCUAUUCAAAGACCAUCUCUUGUUCCUUGUGUUCUUUACCACUAGAAGGUCACUUGAUUAGACAGAGCUUGAACCAUUAUAAGGGUAUCCAUCCUCAUUGGCAACUGGGCACUAACAGUCAAAGUUGUGGUCAUGAAAUAUUAGUUGUAUAUCUACUGAAACUUAAACUUACAAGAGCGAUAGAACCUUGGCUUUCCUCAGGGCAGAGAUUGGGAGGAGGUGGGCAAAAGUCAUGUUUCCGCUGUUAUAAUCAGCUUCAAGAACUCAGAGUCAUGAAAGAGAGAAUAGACAUUUUGCAAUCUAAACGUGCUGGAAGUACUCAUGUUUAUAGAUCGAAUAAGGACAAGUUAGGGAUCACUGUAGUCUGAAAAUCUGCCAGCAUUGAAAUUGAUGCUUGCUGUGAGCUCAGUGUUUGUCAGUAUUAUUGAUGAAACUUGAUCUGAUUAUCCUCCCUAAAAAAAACUGAAGGAAAAGGAAACCCAGUAGAAUAUACAGUUAUUGAAAGGAGGCAACAAACCCGAGCAACAUAAUACUGUUGGGAUUUUAAUUGAUAGCAGUUUCUACACUUCAGUGGGAAAUCUAGCUGUUGCUGUUGGCAGUUUGCUAUAGACUGUAAUCUGCAUUCUGACGCUGGAGCUAGGUGUGGUGUGGAAACACAAUCCUGCUCCAAAUGCCUUGUACUUGCACUCACUGAGGAGCCUUGAACUGGAUGAGAAAAGGUGCCACUUGGCACUUGAAUGGAAGGAAAUCAGAGCGCCUCAGGUCUGUUAUUUAAUAGAAAAAUAAGAAUUUUAGCCACUCUUGGUUUAAGUUUAUUCUUUUCAAUCUUUCUAAACAUGUUUAGAUCUCGUGGUCUAUUUAUACUAACUUUGGAGUAUUUAUCUGAUGUUGAGUAUUAGUGUUUUGGAGUAUUUCAGCUUUUUUUUAGGUAUCUUCUGCGGUUUUAAGUUUUCAAAUGAUUUUGAAAUCCCUGAGACUUUCAGAAACACUCAGUUUUUAAAAUGGUUUGAUGGGGCUAGAACAAAGAUUUCAACUUUGCUGAUUCUUAGGGGCCAUUUGGAGGCAAGGUUCAUUUUGACCAUCAACAUUUAUCCCACUACAGUACACAAGCUCCUUCUGCACAAAGUCUUGUCACCAAGCGUUCCACUUAAUGGUUUCUGGACGUUUCUGCGGCAAAGAAGUUGUGCAGAAAUCCAUGUGCAAAGGGAUAUUUUCAGAGCAUUAGGUAUUGAGUUAAGUAGGGUGAAGACUGGAAUAUGCUUGGACCAUAUCUGUGAGAAGCGUUUACCUUUCAAAGAAAAGUAUUGGAUUUCAUCUUGUGUGAACAUGUGGUCAAAUCUCAGUACCAGUGUUGAAUCUCAUCCAAUCCUCCAUCAAAUAGAUGGCAUAUAGCACCUGUGGAUAGUGUAGAGUAGUGCAUAAUUCAGCACUCUAACACCAACCUUAAUAUUGCUGGACAGAGAAAACAAAACAUGACACCAUUUGCCCCCUCCUCAGAAUUUCACCAGCUCAUUUAUUAACAAGAAAUCUCAAGCUUUUGCAUCUCCUAGAUGCAGUAAAUCCCACCCGACUAACCAAACUACUGUCGACGAUACCUUGUGUAGGCAAAGAAACAUGGCAAUGUCAGAAUCUGGAGCCAAAAUCCCUUGCGAGCAUAUCAUUUACAAAUUGCCAUGCCAAAGAAAAAUGUAAAUGUGGUAAGAACAGUGUGCCAAACAAACAGUGGGACCUACUAUCCCAUCUACUUUUGCCAUCAAGACUUUAGUCAUUACCAAAUCCAGUUAUCACAAAAUUUGCAUCUCUUUCAAGGAUUUCCCUAGAUUUCAUCCAAUGGCUAAUGUAAUAUUUACACAUGGGGAAAAAAGGAGUUCAGAAUAUCUGCACACUUCAGCAACAAACAAUCCCUGUCAUACUGUUAUACUGUGAGUGUUUCUAUAAACUGAUUGAACAGCACUCCAAGUGGUUCCUAUUCAGCCCUGAUAAAGACGGGUGUGGUUGAAUUGCAAAUAAUGCUUGUAGGGGAAAAAGCAAUCAUUUGGUCCAUUGGAAUGCAUCAAAAUUUACUUGAUAGAGGGCAAGAAUAAGAAUGGAAAUAAAGGCUCCUGCUGCAGUCUUCCAAUUAUCCUAGUGUGAAAGUAGUGCCAGAGAGCAAGACCAUUACAACCCCCAGCACUGCAUUAAUAUUGUUCAAAACAAGGAGGGAGAGAUGAACUAUGGGCCUAUUAGUCUUAACACUGGUGAUGGGAAAUUUCAAAAAGUAUAAUCCAGGAUAAAAUUAAUUUUUGCUGAUAAAGUGCUGAUAAAUAUGACAAACAAUUGCAAUCUUCAGUGAAAUAGCAGAGUAAGUUAAUGAAUUAAUACAUUAACUUAAUGUAAGUUAAUGUGUAUGUGGGCUUUCAGAAUGCACCUCAUAAAGUAUUUUACGAUAGAUUUGUAGGUGAAAUUGAAGGAGCUAUGACUAAAAGUUACAGUAUAUAAUUGUCUAAAAGGAGAGAACAAUUUUGUUGAUGGGCUUUCUGUAACAGUGUAUAGCCCUUGAGCUGAUACAGAACGCACUGUAUGUUUUGAUCUAGAUUUGUGUAUAAAAGGAAUUUUUUCAAAAUUUACAGUUGAUAUUAAAAUAGGAAAUACUGUAAAUGGUUGCUGCCAAUCAUAUUAUCAUCAAACAAUAAUCCAGACAAAAGUAAUUAGAUAGUGGCAGAUUUGAGGACAAAUUCUGGGAAAUUAUCAGAUAUUCAAUGGUAGUUAGUGUUGAGAAGUUCAGGGAGAAGAGUCAGCAUAAUGUGGAGUUCUCUGCCACAGGAAACAGCUGAGGCCAGUUCAUUGGCUAUAUUUAAGAGGGAAUUGGAUAUGGCCCUUGUGGCUAAAGGGAUCAGGGGGUAUGGAGAGAAGGCAGGUACAGGGUUCUGAGUUGGAUGAUCAGCCAUGAUCGUACUGAAUGGCGGUGCAGGCUCGAAGGGCCGAAUGGCCUACUCCUGCACCUAUUUUCUAUGUUUCUAUAAUGGAAAUUACAUUUUAAAAGGGUGCAGGAACAGAGUGGAGAGGUGCAUACACUUAGAUCUUUGAAGUUGGCUACUGAUAUGGGAUCAUUACCUUGAUAAAUAUAUGAAUAAGGAACAAAAGAAAAGAUUAUGGCAAAUAGAAAUCCUUCCAUGAGAUUCAGCUGAAAUAUUACUUUCAAUUCUAGACACCUAAAAAUUGCUAAAAUAGCACCAUGAUUGUGAUUAAAAUGUGAUUUACCCAAGAGUUUGAUGGGAUAGGUAAGGAGCAAUGUUUCUACUAACAAGGAGACUGGGAUCAAUAACCAAUGGGCACUUUUGAAAAAGUGGGACUACUUGGUUAGCCACUUGAGGGAGCCUUAGUAAGCACAGUUGGGCAAUCAGAAAUAACGUUCCUCCAUGCUGUAAAGUUGUACAAAGCUGGACUCUGAAAUGGAACUCUAUUUUGUGUGUGCAGUGGAGAUAGUGGACACCACACAUUAUCCUUCUAUUGCUUUCUACGUUUCAAAUAAAGCUGCAGACCCACUUGAAAGAAAUAGUUGAUGUCUCCAUUUAAGGCAGGAGUUUUACUUUAACCAUUUGCUCUGUUGGAAUAUUUUGAUGUUCUGCUACUAGCACCAUGUGACAAGUAAAAAUAGUGAAUUUGAUGUGAGAGUAAGUCCUUGUAUCAUUCAUGAGAAAGGAAAGCAAUUUAACACAUUUUAUGACCUCAAGGUGUCCCAAAGUGCUUUAAGAUCAUACAAAAACGUAUAGAGGUCCAGCUACUGUUGAAAUGUGGUAGCCAAUUUAUGCAAUAGUAUAGUCAUAUAAUUAUCUAGUUGGAAGAUAACUAUUGGCUAAAUCACCCUCAGAUGUUGCUGUGGGAUUUAACAAUCACCCGAGAUAGGAGAUAAAGCUUCCAUUUAAUGUCCCACCUGAAAGCAUCUUUAAUGGAACACCAUUUCUUUGGUUCUGCACUGACAAUAGCAAUUGAGAUUAUCUGCUUUUAACUCCGGAGUGAGACUUGAAUGAAAACCUUCUGUUUCAGAGGCAAUCAAAGCCUAACUAUCUGCUAUCUGAUCCACAGUACCUGUGCACCCUGGGGUAAAGGAUAAAAUAUUGUACAGUUCUGGUUAAUGUUUUAAACUGAGUAGGAUCUCAAACAUUAGUGCUGCUCAGUUUUUUUUUAAAUGAAUCACCUGAUUGAUCCACAUAGUAUCCUGCUGCUAGCAAGGUUGUCUUUCCAAAACACGUUGCUGAAAAGGAUGGACUGUUAGAAAGUUUGUUGCACCAGAAGGGAUUAGUAUCUGACAUUGUAAUCCUUGGAAUUUAUUUGAUGAGUGUUUACAGCAUUGAUCCAUCGUUACAACAUUAAAAGGUGUAGCUCAGGGGAUUAGAAAUAAGAUAACGUGAAACAGUAGGUGGUAUAUUAAUAAAAGAAGCACAAUUAUAAUUAAUCCUAAAUGUACACCAUUUCAACCCCAACUCUCCAGGAACCUGGAUCAAACGCUAUGACCCCAGACUGUCUGAGAUUACUUUUUCCAGGCUGAACUGGACAUGGGAGAGCCAGGCUAUUAUGGUACUGAGUGGGAAUGUAUAUUGAAGUGUAACUUGCUGCUGAACACAUGGAGGAGACCCAUGGAGAAUAUGGACCCUAAAUCUUUUGAACCCCAAUCUACCUGGUCCAGAUACUAUGUAUUCAUAAUAUAGCAACACAUUCAUAACUAAAUUCCGAGAAAUAAACAGACAUUUCUGUGCCCAGCUUUGCUUGGGUCAGAAGCAGAUAACUGCACUGAAUUUUCAUACCACACAGCAAGAAACUGUACCCAGACGGUUCUCCAUCAAAUUUGCACUUAUCUACGUCAAUAAAAAAACGAUCUUUUUACUAUUCUAUGCAGUCAUUUUGAAAAAUGAAGCCUUAUUACUAGCAGUUUUUACCUGACUCCCAAAGGUCAAAAUAACAACUUUUUUGCUCCCUCAGGAAGAGAAAUGAAAAGCAACAAUAAGAUGAUCCUUUAUGUCCUUUUACUUUAAUUAAAGUCAGCUUUCCCAGCCACUGUCCCGAGUCUCUGCUGUAAAGGUUGUUCAGUACACAGGAACUGAGAAUGCCAAACAAAACCUAUCUUAGGAUGCACAUCAAAAAUGACAGGGAAGACUAUGUCAUAAGAAAUCUAUUAUGUACUGGGAACAAACUCAAGUUUAUAUUUAUUCGGCAGGGCAGAGACAGUUUUUUUUAAAGCCAGCAGUGGCCAGUCACUUCUUGAAUUUACCUGAAGUGGGAAAUGAUUGACACAGCUGCUUUUUCACAAUGUGUUUACAAGCAAAAUGUGCAUGUAAAGUCAAAAGUUUUGCUUAUGAUCUUCGAUGGGCUACGUUGCACUAAUACAACUUACCACUGUAAUAAGUAAACGUACCUCGAGUAUUUUCCUUCUGCCUAGGAUGUAUUUUAUAUGGUUUGGACUCUCCAUUCUUAGUGCAGCCUCCCGUGAUAUUUGUAAAUAUAUUAAAUUGUGCUGGUAUUCGUGGUAGUGAAGCAUUAAAAAAUUGUGAUUUUGUUAUUUUUUACAAACUGCUUUCUAGUUCUAUUUAUGGUUGUCUUUAAAUGAAAAUUUAUAAUCUAUAUUGGUGUUGCUAAAUCAUUACUUUCUUCGCAGCAAAAGCAGUGCUAUACUUCCAAGCCUCGCCUUAUCAAGAGGCUGUUUUAUACAUUCCUGAACAAUAUUUUCUUAUCCUGUCAGUGAUUAUUAAGGCAUGAAAUAGGGUGUUUAGAAUUUUCAGAGGCAGUUGCACAUUUCUAACAUAAAGAGAAAGGACAAGCCUGUGGUACUGAGAGAAAACAUGGUAACAAAUGUGUACCACGUUAUUUGGACAACUUGUAAACCACAGCUUCAUUGAGCAGCCUGUGCUCUCAGUUUCUGUCCUAAUCAAUAUGUUAGUUAAGUUUAUUACUUGAUAGGAAGUUUAUGCAAAUGUUAUAUAAUUCCCACAUCAACUGUAUACAACAUUUUAUUUUGCUUUGAUUAGUACUACCUUCUCUCCUUGGCUCAGCCAACCCAUAUCAAACUUUCUAAACUGGCACUGACCCUCCUGUAAGAAAGGGUACUCUCCACAUCAGGACAAGCAGAAUAUAGCCUGUGAAUUGAUUAGUGGCUUUCCAUACAGGCUGUUAAACAUGGUGAUGGAUUUUUACACAAAAUCAGGGCGGCUCAUAUCACCAAGGUAAAUCCUUUGUGUGAAUUGUUCCUGUCAGUUUCUUGAUUGGUAUGUUUGGCUUCUUGCUAUUUUUCUUUAUUUUCCUCAAAGAUAACAUUGUCAAAGCCAGAUAUUGAACAGAGAGAUGGUGAUGCUGAACUUGUGGACUAAUUCUGCUUUGGAAACAAUUAAAGCUUUAAACUGCCCAAUACCCUUCCAGUGUCAUUUAAAAGCCAACCUAUAGGCAACAAUUUGUCUUCAUGUAAGGCAAAAGUGAAAUGUCUUUGUUUACAUACUGUUUACAACAGCACAGUUUUAUUUUUAAUAAACAAAAUUUGGAGUAUUUAUUGCGUACUGUUUGGGGAACUAAAGAUGUUUAUGUAAUUCACCCUUUGAAUAUAAUGUUACAUUUACAUAUAGAUAUUUGGGUGAUUUAUUUAUGUAGUUGGUAACUUUAUGACUACUAGAAUAGAUUUUGUUUUCUGUGCCUUUUAUGUUUAAAUGCAUGGUUGAAUAUUUAUUAUUUAGGAGGUUACUCAGAUGUGUAUUUUUAUAUAUUGCUGGAAUUGGUGGUUCAUUUUUGUUGUACAUUACAAAUCUGCCUUACAGAAAGGCAGUCUGUUAAGCUCUUCCUAACAUUACUCAAUAAAUUCAAAUGCAUC